AUGGGGGCGCUGGUGCUGGUGAACGCGCUGGCCACGCGGCUGCUGUUCGUGCUGCACUCUCUGCUGGGCGUGUGGCGAGUGAGCCGGGCGAGGCUGCGGCCCCGCUGCUGGCUGCUGGCGCUGCUCAACCUGCCCCUCGCCCUGGAGACCGCCCUCACCCUCACCAUCAACCGCGGCCGAGGCUACAAAUGGUUUUCACCAGCUAUAUUUUUAUAUCUGAUUAGCAUUGUCCCAUCGUUAUGGCUCCUUGAACUACAUCAUGAGACACAGGAUUGUACCAGUCUGUCUGACUUUUCCAGAAUAUUCUCCCAGAAUGUCAGUGUCGAAGAAGACUUAAAUCAAACCCAAGUGGGAGAUAAACACCAAAGGGCAGAUCAACUCAUUGAAACGGCUAAGGUGUUUGUUAGCAAUUUAUCGGCCGUUUGCGAGACAGUUUGGACCCUAGGUCUCCACCAGACCUUUCUGCUGCUGCUAAUCAUCGGAAGAUGGCUGCUGCCAAUUGGGGGAGGAAUCACCCGAGACCAACUGUCCCAGCUUCUCCUCAUGUUUGUGGGAACUGCCGCAGAUAUACUCGAAUUCACCAGUGAGACCCUGGAAGAAGAAACCGUGAGGAAUAACCCAAGGCUGGUUUAUGCCAUACUUACCAUCUGGACCUGGAGCAUGCUGCAAUUUCCUCUCGAUCUGGCAGUCCAGCAUAUCAGCUGCCCAUCAUUCAUGACACCCAAUACAGUGCCCAGCCUGCUCCUCUGCCGAUACAGUGCAGACCUGUGGAACAUUGGAAUCAGCCUGUUCAUACAAGAUGGCCCCUUCUUGAUCGUCCGCCUGGUACUGAUGAGCUAUUUUAAAGUGAUCAACCAGAUGUUGGUGUUCUUCGCCGCCAAGAAUUUCCUAGUUGUGGCACUGCAGCUCUACCGGCUGAUGGUGCUUGUGCUAGGGGUGUAUAAUUCCUUGCGGCACCAGUCAGCAUGUCCGGAAGGAAGGGAUCACAACCGUCCAGGGCAACCCACUGAUAGUGGGCUCCCACCCAGUCCCCUGCUUGGCAACUCAAAGACAGACACUACGAUUCCUCUCGAGUACUCUCCUAUCAUCUCUGGAUGCCCUUGAGCUCACAAGUUAUUUGUUCCCUACAGUAAGCUGUGUCCUCCUGUUUUAGACUCCCCCCAGGAGGGAACUCUAUGCAACCUGGCUGCUCUUGGGGUUUUGACUCACUCCCUCCCACUUCAGCUCAGACUCAAUUUGAAGAAAGAAAUUCAAGAAAAGUGCUUGAUCCAAAGACAGAGUGAAAGAAACGUUUUUUCUUGCUGAAAGGAAGGAGAUUUGAUUAGUUACCACUCUUCUCUAUUACAUAUAGAUAUAAUGGAACCAGGAAGCAGUAACUCAAUUGUAUGUUAUGGUUACGGCUUUGGUGCUUGUGUGAAAUAUGCAUUUAGAAGGUUUGGAAUAGAAAAUCCAGUGUUAGAGCAGUUACUUGCAGACUUGAACCUUGUCUCCAUUGAUCAACUGUUAGCCUAUAUAUGUGUCUAUAUGUCACUGUGACGUCAAAAAAUUGUACAUUCAGUGAAUGCAGAACAAUUGAUAAAAAGUGCCUUCAAUGUUACCUCACCGUGGACUGGAUGCAGUUAAAAUGUCUGCCCAUCCUCCACUUAUGGAAAGCUUGGAAAAUGGCCACCCUAGGCUUUCCUAGACCAAAGUUAUCAUUUUUCUGGGACCAGACUGUCUUUUUGAUUAGAGUCUUGAGUAGAUAUUUUUAGCAGGCUACAAUUCAUGAUAUUUAAGAACCUUUCUUUGUUUCUGACAGUCACUUCUUUUUGAGAGUCCAUUCUGACAGUAGACGUGCUGUUAAUCAAUUAUAUUUAUUAAGUGCUUACUGAGUGCAGGGCACUGUACUAAGCUCGAGAGAGUACAACAGUAUAGCAAAUUCCCUGCCCAUAAUGAGCUUACAGUCUAGAGGGUGUUAAGAACACUUACAAAGUGAAGAAUGUUCAUUCAAAAGUGGAUGCCAGCUUCACCUAAACUCCGAGGUUAGCAGGUAUGGAAUAUUUGUCCUAAUCCCUCUUUACUGCUCCUUCAUGGGCGAGCAUUAGGGAACCCUGAAAUAGUGAAUAAUUGACUUCAGGCCAAUCUACCCUGCCAUUUCUCUCUCUUGUGGUAAAUAGUGAAGUAUAUGGGUUUGCCACACUCAGUUUUCCUAUAAUUCGGGAAUUACACUAAGGAAAAUGCACUGCCAGGCAUAUAACCAUUUCUUUCAACAUGGCAUUGUGUUCUAUCCAAAUAAACACAUGUUGGAACAAUGUUCUCUAAUAACAUUCUCUCCCAAAGUAUGUAGUGAAAACACAUGUACUUUCUGCCCAGCCUUAAAUGAUCUAUAUGUUCAUUUACAGCUGGCAUACGUGUCUGAUGGUCCCUGCAGCUUGUCACUGCCACUUCUGCUGCAAACUGUCUUCGAUUCUGGAAAAACCAGUCAUGGCAGAGAAGAGACUUUUGCGCUUAGUGAUGUUUCCACAAAAAACAAGCUUCCCUUCACCAGUGUGGAAGCAAUCAAUGUUUCCUUUGAAAACCUGUAUCAUUUUAAACUAGGAAAACUUGGAUGACAGACCCAUUUUCGAUUGUUGGCUUACAUUUUAAAUGUCUCCCCUUCAUGUGGAUUUUUUUUUAAAUCGAAGUGAUUUUUUUC